CGAACCUCAAAAGGUGGGGCUAGCCACUUCAGUCUUUUUGCCGAAUAACUGCCGUCCCCCGGAUUCGAUUCGUCCAAAGCUCCAGUGGCACCCGGCUCGGAAAGGCUGACCUUCGGCCACUUGGAUUGGGUGCAGCAAAUUGGAAGAGCUCCUCCCAGCCCACAGUCGCAAACAUCACCGAUUCCCAUCGCACGACUGACUAUACAGUAGCUAUUGAGCACCACAAGGAGCUCGAUUCACAAUCCGAUACCCAACCCACAGUCUUCUCUGUUGUACAGAUUCUCUCCUCAAUAUGCCUCCCGUUCCUGCGCAACAUGGCGGUGCCAUGGGCCCUGGAAUCGCCGACAAGAUGAAGAUGGGUGCCCUCAUGGGCGGAACUGUUGGAUCCGUCAUGGGCUUCGUGUUCGGCUCCGUUAACAUCAUGCGCUACGGUGCCGGCCCCAACGGCAUCAUGAGAACCCUAGGACAAUACAUGCUUGGUUCAGGAGCAACUUUCGGCUUCUUCAUGUCCAUCGGCAGUGUCAUCCGUUCCGAUGCUUCUCCCAUUGCCGAGGAGGCUUUCCGAAGGGCCAACCGAAGACCCAUCAUCAUGUACGGCCCCGGCUCCGAUUACGCGAAGCGCCAGCAAUAAGCUGAAGGAGACACAAUUCGAAAUACCCUGUACAUCAUCAUGUAGGAGACUAGGAGGCUGUUGCAAAAGGACGGCACGAUGCCACAACACCGGCAUCAAAUGGAUAUCUGUAUAAUACUUAGGUGUUGGGCAUAUCACGACUGCAUGAUAAAAGUUAUUGCAUCUUACAGGCGAGUCUUUGCUUCGCCCAAGCCAAGUCUCGGUGCUGCUGCCGCUUCUCUUACCUAUUGACGACACUAGCCCGCAUCAAUCGGGUUCCUGAAAGGAGAGAACUUAAGCACAGCGGUGUUCAGAUGCCUGAAGUCAUUGACACAGGUCACAACGGUGUCUUGCCGUCAAGCGGGACCGGCCGGCGCCAGGAGGCCGAAUUGCGGUGGCCUGGCUUCGUUCAUACGGCCUGUACCUCUUUCGAUGCAGCUGGCCAAGCCGACUUAAUGUGGACUUAACAGUAUGCAGGCUUCCAACAUGUAUGCAUAUGUACACAACCGUCGCCUUACAGACGGACCGAUAUUCGAAAAUCGACCAGUGUCACUUUAUUUCGCCAUGCCUGC